AAUAAAAGGAAGGUGUGUUCGACCUCAACAAUUUGACUAAAUUUCAUGCAUUAUUUUAUUUCCAACUCGGGUUUGGUAGGGAGAAUAUGUCAUCUAAGAAGUGGUCAUUUAAGAAAUAGGAACCCCAUUCAUGGCUUUUUAGGGAGAAGAUAUCUUGUAUUGUUGAAGGUUCUUAGUUUUUAGUUCUUAAAAACAAAUUAUAUGAAUUCAAAGCAUUAAAGUUGAUUAUUGCAAGAAACUUUCUAAUAAAUUUUAGAGAUGAGAGUUUUUGGUUAUGGGAUUAUGGGUCUAAGGAUAGGGUUAUUUGUUGCAUUCAUUUGCAUUAAAAUUGGGGAUAUAGCAGCACAAACAAACAGUCAAGAUUCUUCUGCUUUGCUGGCCCUCACAAGUGGCUGGAGGAAUUUACCACCGAACUGGACGGGUAGAGAUCCUUGUGGCAAUAGAUGGGAAGGAAUUACAUGCAAUGAUUCUCGUAUUACUGCCAUAACAUUGGCAAAUAUGGGUUUGACGGGCCAGCUAACUGGAGAUCUUGCAUCUUUAUCGGAACUCCAGAUUCUCGAUUUGUCAUAUAAUAGAGGGCUUACUGGUCCCCUUCCGCAAAGUAUUGGACGAUUGUCAAGGCUUACAAGCUUAAUCCUUAUUGGUUGUGGAUUUUCUGGAAGAAUUCCGGAUUCUAUUGGAUCACUAGAGCUGGUUGACAACCUAUCUCUGAAUGAAAACAAUUUUACAGGACCAGUGCCGGCUACAAUCGGUAACAUGCUAAAUCUUUAUUGGCUGGAUCUUGCUGAUAAUCAGCUCAGUGGCAGCAUUCCUGUUUCUAGUGGAGACACACCCGGACUUGAUCUGCUAGUUGAUACAAAGCACUUUCAUUUCGGAAAGAAUCAACUCACUGGAACGAUCCCGCCAAGUCUCUUUAACUCAAAUAUGACUCUGAUUCAUGUGCUUUUUGACAACAAUCGUCUCACUGGAAGCAUUCCUUCAUCUUUAGGUCUUGUCCGGACAUUGGAGGCAAUUCGUUUUGAUAGUAAUUCAUUGAGCGGAGAAAUUCCAUCCAAUAUCAACAACCUGACUCUUGUGAACGAGCUGUUUCUGUCGAACAAUGAACUGAGUGGUCCUGUUCCUGAUCUGAGUGGCAUGAACAGCCUUAAUUUUUUGGACUUGAGUAAUAAUAACUUUGAAGCUACAGAAUUUCCACAAUGGCUUUCUACCUUACAGUCCCUGACCACACUAAUGAUGGCACGCACAGGACUUGAAGGACAGAUUCCAGAAGAAUUUUUCAGCAUUCCUCAGUUACAGAAUGUAUAUUUGAGGGACAACCAGCUUAAUGGCACUUUUAGCAUUGCCAGCAAUUACAGCAGACAAUUGCAGGUCAUCGAUCUGCAAAAUAAUUCCAUUAGGGCGGCGACAUUGGCACCUGAAUACAGUUUCCAAUUGAUGCUAGCUGAUAACGAGUUUUGUCAGAGUCCUGACCUCAAUUCACCUUACUGUAACGUUCAGGAGAAUCUUGGUUCCUCCUUUUCAACUACAGCAAAUUGUAGCCGUCUCCCCCAAUGUACUUCGGAGCAAAUUUCCAGCCCUAACUGCAUAUGUGCAUAUCCAUUCACUGGAACUUAUAUAUUCAGAGCUCCCUCGGCCCUGGGAAACUCUGAUUACUUCACAACACUUCAGGACCAUCUAUUAAAUACAUUAAGGAGUUAUGCACUGCCUGUAGAUUCCGUCUCUUUAAGUAAUAUAUCUGUAGACGUAUUUAACAACCGCCAGAUGCAACUGGCAGUUUUUCCAGCUGGGCAAGAUCAUUUUAAUAGAACGGGUAUCAUCGGGCUUUCGUUUGUGUUAAGCAAUCAGACUUACAAGCCACCUGAUGCGUAUGGUCCCUAUGUUUUCAGCGCUAACUUCUAUCCAUAUUUUGAUGGAUUUAUAAGAAGCAGCAAUCAAUCCCAUACAGGCAUAAUUGUUGGAGCAGUUGUAGGAGGUUCCAUUCUAUUAUUGCUAUUGGUAGGUGCAGGAGGAUAUGCGUAUUAUCAAAAGAAGAGAGCCAAGAAGGCGAAGCAGCAAGCCAAUCCAUUUGUAUCUUGGGACUCUCAUGGAACUGGGGGUGACGUUCCUCGGUUGAAAGGAGCUAGGUUUUUCACAUUGGAAGAGCUGCAAAAAAGUACCAACAAUUUCUCUGAAGCCAACACCGUUGGUUCUGGAGGUUAUGGGAAGGUUUAUAGAGGAGUUCUUUCUGAUGGCCAGAUUGUUGCGAUUAAAAGAUCCCAGUUAGGAUCUAUGCAGGGUAGUCGAGAGUUCAAAAAUGAGGUAGAGCUAUUAUCAAGGGUUCACCAUAAGAAUCUUGUUAAACUCGUAGGAUUCUGUUUUGACAAAGGAGAACAGACGCUGGUUUAUGAGUUCAUUGCAAACGGUACUCUAAUGGACAGUCUUUCAGGAAUGUCUGGGAUUCAAUUAGACUGGGUAAGAAGAUUGAUGAUAACCCUUGGCUCAGCUCGGGGUUUGCAAUAUCUGCACGAGCUUGCUGAUCCACCGAUCAUACACAGGGAUAUCAAGUCAACUAACAUCCUCCUUGAUGAACGUCUAAUUGCAAAAGUUGCUGACUUUGGCCUCUCCAAGCUGUUUGGUGACACUGAUCAAAAGGGUUAUGUUACUACCCAAGUCAAAGGAACCAUGGGAUAUCUAGAUCCUGAAUAUUUCAUGACUAAUCAGUUGACGGAGAAAAGUGACGUUUUUAGCUUUGGGGUGGUUAUGUUAGAAAUGGUAACAGCAAGAAAACCAAUACAAGACGGAAAAUACAUAGUGAAAGAAAUCAAAGAAGCAAUGGACAGGACAAAAGAUCUAUAUAGCCUUCAUAGAGUAAUCGACCCAAUACUUCUGAGAAACACAACUAUGCUAGUUGGUUUAGAGAAGUUUGUGGAUUUGGCAUUGAAAUGUGUGCAAGACGACGGAGCUAAUAGGCCUACUAUGGGUGAGGUUGUAAAAGAUAUAGAGCACAUUGCGAAGCUUGCAGGUAUGAAUCCUAAUGCUGAUUCUACAACGACAUCACAAAGUUAUGAAGGUGCUAGUGGAGGAAACUUUGGUCACCCUUACUCUGAUAAUUCACUUUUCCAGUAUAGUGGAAGCAUUCCACUUACAAGGGCUGAAUGAGCCUAAGUUACAGGAAUCUGGAAAUGAUUUUGACAGGGGGUAGAUUUCCUAUUUCCAAGGAAGAAAAGCAAAGGUGUAUACAUUGUAAAUUUUUUACUUCAAUACCCAUUUUUUAGAGCAUAAUUUUAUUUUUUUCAUCUUAAAAAGAAAUAUAUUUAUUUUUUGUGAACUCAAUUGAUUGUAUGAGCUAUUGGGUUUUGGACAAAGUGGAUAAUUUAGUGAAAUAUUGAAUGAAUUCUUGAUAGAA